AUUGGGAAACAGCAUUCGUACGGGAGUGGAAACGUGUCAAAAACCGUGGUGGAACCCAACGACUUGAUGCAAACACUCAUUACUACGUGUCACUCGAUACUUGGACGUGUGGAUGCCAAUCUUUUACCACCAAUCGAUACAUGCUUUGCAAGCAUUUGAUCAGUCAAUACUACGCUGCCAACCGCAAUGUUCGUUCAACUUUUGGAGCGCUUCAACUAUUAUAUAUGUCGUAGCAAUACACCUCCGUUUGUGCAGCUCAAAGAAGUAGGUUUAAUUUUCUUAUGCAUUAGUAAAAAGGAGACAAUUGACUCAUUUGACGAUUACAAGUGUCAUCUUUAUCCAUACAUAUCUCUGUAUCUCCCACCAACCAUCGAGGCACUCUUACCACCUUCGCCAUCGUUACCAAGCCCAGUCGCCGCUACGUCUCUAACAUCGGCCUUGCAACCAAGCUCUUCUUCAUCUUCAUCUGAUCCUCCACCUUCUACUUCAAACACGCUUCCCACCACUACCAUUCUUUUCUUCGAUGACGAUGAAGAAGAUGAAUGGGCAAGACUAAGUGCUGCUGAACAAGCAAUUUCCGAAGCUCGUCGUCGCUUUUUAGAAAGCAUUGAUUAUUACACUUCUAUGCUGCUAGAACGGCAACGCAGCGUUAUUUGAGGAGCUGUCGAUCGUAACGAUAUUGACAACUAUUUAUCGAUAGAGUCGUCAUAGAAACGCACGAAGAAGAAGAACAUACUCUAAUGAUCAUCGGUACACCCGUUAUCUUCCUUUAAUUCCCUUACAUUUUUUUUAACUUCCUAUCUCAUUUUUUCUAUAUAUUACUCACAAUUCCUUAUUCUUACGGCCCAAAUAUAUACAUAUAUAUUAUCA